AUGCCGAGCGGUAAGGAGACACGGGUGCUGCACCUCGGCGAGAUGGAGAAGCUGGAUAAGACUCUCUUCAGGCUGGAGCAAGGUUUUGAACUGCAGUUCCGAUUGGGUCCAACUCUUCAAGGCAAACCUGUGACUGUGUACACAAAUUAUCCAGCUUCUGGAGAAGUGUUUGAUCGCCACAAAUUCAGGACGUUGUCAUGGCACAAUCCCACAGGCAAAGAAGAUGAUUCUGACAAAUAUUGCAAGCUGGAUCUCCAAAUUUCAGGGUCGUACCAGUACUAUUUCAGUCUCGGAAAUGAAAAAAGUGGUGGAGGUUACAUAGUUGUGGAUCCUAUUUUGCACGUGGGAGCUGAUAAUCACGUGUUACCCUUGGAUUGUGUGACACUCCAGACCUUCCUGGCUAAGUGCCUGGGACCCUUUCAUGAAUGGGAAGACAGACUUAAAGUUGCAAAAGAAACAGGUUACAACAUGAUUCAUUUUACACCACUGCAGAAGCUUGGACUGUCAAGAUCAUGUUAUUCACUGGCUGAUCAGUUAGAAGUCAAUCCUGAAUUUUCAAGCCAUAACAAAAAGUGCACUUGGAGUGAUAUAGGAGCUCUUGUGGAAAAAAUGAAAAAUGAAUGGAAUAUGCUUUGCAUCACAGAUGUAGUCUACAAUCAUACUGCUACUAACAGUGAAUGGCUCAGGAUGCACCCAGAAUGUGGCUAUAACCUUGUGAAUUCUCCUCACCUGAAGCCAGCUUGGGUCUUGGAUAGAGCUCUGUGGCACUUGACCUGUAUGGUGGCUGAAGGAAAAUACACUGCUAAAGGGGUUCCUCCCUUGAUUGGAAAUGAUCAUCACCUGAAUUGUAUCCGCAAAAUCAUUUGGGAAGAGAUAUACCCAAAAAUUAAACUCUGGGAAUUUUUCCAAGUGGAUGUUAACAAAGCUGUGCAGCAAUUUAAAGCCCUUCUAACUCAAGGUAAAGGAAAAGUAUGCAAAAUGAGCAGUAAAUCUGAUCCCAAUGAACAUCUUCAAAUAGUUCAGGACCCUGAUUAUAGACGAUUUGGCUGUACUGUAGAUAUGAAUAUAGCAUUGGCAACAUUCAUACCACACAGCAAUGGGCCAGCUGCAAUAGAAGAGUGUUGUAACUGGUUUCGCAAGAGGGUUGAGGAACUGAAUGCUGAACAGUACAGACAAACUACUCACCAUCAAGAGCAGGCUGUCAAUUGUCUUGUGGGGACUGUGGUUUAUGAACGACUGGCUGAUCAUGGUCCUAAGCUGGGUCCUAUCACUAGAAAAGACCCUUUAGUUACCAGGUAUUUUACUUAUCCAUUCAAAGAGUUGACUGUGGAGGAAGAAGAAACUAUGAUACAUCAGCCAGAUAAAGCUUGUUAUUUCAUGGCUCAUAAUGGCUGGGUUAUGGGAGAUGAUCCUCUUAGAAACUUUGCAGAACCAGGUUCGAAUGUUUACUUGAGGAGAGAGCUUAUUUGCUGGGGAGACAGUGUGAAACUGCGUUAUGGUAACAAACCUGAAGACUGCCCAUACCUCUGGGAACACAUGAAAAAGUACACUGAAAUCACUGCUAGACACUUCCACGGCGUUCGCCUUGACAACUGUCACUCAACACCUAUUCAUGUAGCUGAGUACAUGCUGGACACAGCUAGAAAAUCGCGGGCCGAUUUGUAUGUAGUGGCUGAACUGUUCACAGGAAAUGAGGAGCUGGACAAUAUCUUUGUGAACAGGCUGGGCAUUAGCUCCUUAAUAAGAGAGGCAAUGACUGCUUACAAUAGCCACGAGGAGGGAAGGUUGGUUUAUCGUUUUGGUGGUGAGCCUGUUGGCUCUUUUGUUCAGCCACGGUUGAGGCCUUUGAUGCCAGCUAUUGCUCAUGCACUCUUCAUGGAUAUUACACAUGAUAAUGAAUGCCCAAUUAAGCACCGAUCCGCGUAUGAUGCUCUUCCUAGUGCAAUGAUUGUUUCCAUGGCAUGCUGUGCCACAGGAAGCACCAAAGGCUAUGAUGAACUAGUACCACACCAGAUCUCAGUGGUAUCUGAAGAAAGGUUUUAUUCAAAAUGGAAUCCAGCAGCACAUCCGGGUUCUGGUGAAGUUAAUUUCCAAACAGGAAUUCUAUCAGGAAGGCUGGCCAUAAACAGGCUGCAUCAGGAGCUGGGGGCUAAAGGCUUUAAUCAGGUGUAUGUAGAUCAAGUUGAUGAAGAUAUAGUGGCUGUGACAAGGCACUGCCCUAACACACACCAGUCUGUCGUGGCUGUAAGUCGAACUGCCUUCAGGGAUCCUAAAACCUCCUUCUACAGUAAAGAAGUACCUGAAAUGUGUAUCCCAGGGAAAAUAGAAGAAGUAGUACUUGAGGCUAGGACUAUUGAGAGAAAAGCUAAACCUUAUGAAAAAGACAAACGUUUUAUAAAUGGAUUGCCUAAUUUCACAAUGGAACUCAGGGAGCACAUCCAGGUUAAAGAUAGCAAAAUCAUAAAGCAAGCUGGAACUGCCAUAAAAGGGCCAAAUGAAUUUGUUCAAGAAAUAGAAUUUGAAAGAUUAACCCCGGGAAGUGUAAUAGUAUUCAGGGUCAGCCUCGACCCCAAGGCACAGGAAGCUGUCGGUGUGCUCCGCAAUCAUCUGAUCCAGUUCAGUCCUCAUUUUAAGUCUGGAAGUCUCCCUGAUGACCAUUCAGCACCUAUAUUAAGUACCUUGUUUUCUUCCAUUGCAUCUAAACUAACUUUGGCUGACCUAAAUCAAGUCCUGUAUAGAUGUGAGGCAGAAGAACAAGAGGAUGGUGGAGGUUGUUACAAUAUACCAAACUGGUCAUCACUGAAGUAUGCAGGCCUCCAAGGGUUAAUGUCAGUGAUGGCAGACAUUAGGCCAAAGAAUGAUUUGGGUCACCCACUUUGUGAUAAUUUAAGAUCUGGAGACUGGAUGAUUGAUUAUGUCAGUAAUCGUCUGAUUUCACGUGCAGGAGCCUGUGCAGAAGUGGGGAAGUGGUUGAAGGCAAUGUUUGUCUACCUAAAGAGAAUUCCACGUUACCUCAUCCCAUGUUACUUUGAUGCCAUAUUAGUGGGUGCGUACACAACGCUUCUGGAUGUGGGAUGGCAUCAGAUGUCUAGCUUUGUGCAGAAUGGAUCAACGUUUGUAAAACACCUUGCCAUGGGUUCAGUCCAGCUGUGUGGGAUAGGAAAAUAUUCUUGUCUGCCAGAUCUGUCUCCUGCCUUACGUGAUGUUCCCUACAGGCUGAAUGAGAUUACAAAUGAGAAAGAACAGUGUUGUGUUUCCUUGGCAGCUGGUUUACCUCACUUUUCCUCUGGAAUUUUUCGCUCCUGGGGAAGAGAUACCUUUAUUGCACUGAGAGGCCUGAUGUUAGUUACUGGGCGCUAUCUAGAAGCAAGAAACAUCAUUUUAGCAUUUGGUGGGACUUUAAGACAUGGUCUCAUUCCCAAUCUGCUCGGCCAGGGGACGCAUGCCAGAUACAACUGUCGUGAUGCUGUGUGGUGGUGGCUCCAGUGUAUCCAGGACUAUUGUAAAAUUGCUCCAAAUGGAUUAGACAUUCUCAGGUGUCCUGUUUCUAGGAUGUACCCAAGAGAUGAUUCUUCUCCUCAGCCUGCAGGCACUGUGGAUCAGCCGCUUUAUGAAGUAAUACAGGAGGCAAUGCAACGACACGUGGAAGGCAUACACUUCCGAGAGAGGAAUGCAGGUCCCCAGAUAGAUCAAAAAAUGAGAGAUGAAGGUUUUAAUGUGACUGCAGGUGUUGACCAUGAAACAGGGUUUGUGUUUGGAGGGAACCGCUUCAAUUGUGGCACUUGGAUGGAUAAAAUGGGAGAGAGCGACAGAGCACACAACAAAGGAAUUCCAGCCACACCAAGAGAUGGCUCUGCUGUGGAAAUUGUUGGCCUGUGCAAGUCAGCUGUUCGCUGGUUGCUGGAUUUGUCUGGGAAGAACGUGUUUCCAUUUCGUGGAGUCACUGUAAAAAGACACGGAAAGGAAGAGACUAUCACAUACGAUGAAUGGAACAGAAAAAUUCAAGGACACUUUGAGAGGCUGUUCUUUGUCUCUGAGAACCCAGCAGACCCUAAUGAAAAACACCCAGAUCUUGUUCACAAACGUGGAAUUUAUAAGGACAGCUAUGGAGCUUCAAGUCCGUGGUGUGAUUACCAGCUCAGGCCAAAUUUUACAAUAGCCAUGGUUGUGGCCCCUGAGUUGUUCACACCUGAAAGAGCUUGGAAAGCUCUGCAGAUAGCAGAGGAAAAACUGCUUGGUCCAUUGGGCAUGAAAACCUUAGACCCAGAUGAUAUGGUUUACUGUGGAGUAUAUGACAAUGCUCUUGACAAUGACAACUAUAAUGUAGCCAGAGGUUUUAAUUAUCACCAAGGACCUGAGUGGCUGUGGCCAAUUGGAUAUUUCCUUCGUGCCAAACUGUACUUCUCAAAGAUGAUUGGUCCAGAGAUAUAUGCAAAAACUGUGGUUAUGGUUAAGAAUGUUCUUUCUCGCCACUAUGUUCACCUUGAAAGAUCAUCCUGGAAAGGGCUUCCAGAACUGACCAAUGAAAAUGGACAGUAUUGCCCUUUUAGCUGUGAAACUCAGGCCUGGUCAAUUGGUGUUAUCCUUGAAGUCCUUUAUGAUUUGUAAAAGUUUGUUUGGAUUGAUUUGAUUAAACUUCUGUUGUCUUAUUGGGCAUUUACACUUGGCUUACACUGUAAGGGAAAUGUCCUGUUAUGCACAAUCACUUAAGCUGUGUCCUGACUUUCAAAGAUGCUGAAUGCCAGCAGCUCCUGUGCCCUGUGACUGUGUGGGGCUUGAGUUGUUUUUGAAGAUCAGGCCAUGACAGUAAAACAAAACUGCAGUGCACACCUGUUUCAGAAACUGUUACAAAGGAGAAAUUUUAAGAAGCUUUGGUCUUUUUUAGACUUUUCAAAUAAAAAAUCUUAAUGUAACAAAGUGAGGUGGCUUUUCCCUGAGCCAAAACCAAGUAGCACAGCUCUUUGUCUGUUAAAGGGUAAAUGGAUGUUUUGCAGCUGCAUGCUUAAAGGGGAGUAGACUAACCUAUAGCUUGCUGAGUUUGGUAUCCUUUGUUCUGCAGCACCAUGCAUUAUUGAAGGCAUAAUAUCUUGUCUCUCAGUUGAACUGUGUUGUGGGCUUCAUUUUGGGGUAUGUGUUCAGCUGAACACUCCAUUAAGCAACCACAGAAACAAACGUUACCGAUACUGUAAUAAACCAACCCUUUGAAAUUAUAUUUAAACCUUGCCAAAACUUUAAACUGCUUUCAGAGUUAACUGAAACAAUAAUGAGGCAAUAUCCUAUGCUAACCCAUUUUUAAAUUUAUUUAAAUGAGGCUGUGGGCCACCUGGCUAUUGCUUCAUUUGAACCAUUCAUAAGAAACACCUGCAUGUGCAUACAGUGCACAGUCUAUAUGUUAGGGAAGGCCAGUGGCAAAGAAGUCUUUGUGUUUGACUAAUUAAUUUAUUGAAGAGGUGUGAUCAUGUCAGCCCUUUAUUCUUAGGAAAAUCCUAGCUCUACUGAAGCAGGUAGAAACAUUUAACAUUAGUGGGAAGAGGUAUUAGCCUAUCAGCAGAGCAGAGAGGUUGAGGUUUUCCAGGCCUUUUGAAAUCACACCUGUACAAGCAUGCUACCUCUAUGUGUUGUUCUUUGCUAACAGCAUCCAGUGAACACAAUGCAAAAUACAGUUGUUCAUUCAUACUGGGAUGCCUACAUGCCCACAUUGGAUUCACUUCAGUGCUCCCAAACUGCUUAUCAGAAAUCCAGUUGGUAAUUCUCAACUCUCUAUCAUGCUAUUUCCCAUCUUAGUGCAACAAACAGCCAGGGGGGAGGCUCACAACAGCUCCCACAUCACAAGAUAGAGAAAGCAAAACUGCUACUGCAUUUCUUAAUGGUAGCCAACAUAUGCUGGAAAAAAUAUACACAGGUUGUAGUGACAAUGCACUAUUAACAUGUAAGUCAAAUUCUGUUGUUAUCUGUAUUUUAAAGUUUCCAUACGCUGUCUAAAGUAGGGUCGAAGUCUGGUGUCUUGUUCAGGGAGAUGUGUUAGAGAUGGAUACAUAAAAGGGCAAGUUAACAGGCUGAAGAUAGGUGCAUUGUGAGUAGUGCCUAUGUUCACACCAUGUAUCUGAAAGGUUAUUAAGUAUUUGAACUCCCUUGCUGAAGUGUUUGGUCCUUAGACCUUCCCUAAUCCUAACUUCUAUAUUGUACCUCAAGUGUUGAGCUGCUGCAGUACAUGCAUUGGGAAACUUCUAUUUUUCUUGACACAAUGCAUGAGAGAGGUCACUUGAUCAAAACUGUUGCUGAAAUGUCGACCGCAGACAUUUAUUAUUUUUUUAGUGUGUAAGAAACAUAUAUUUUUCAUUAUGUACUGAACUUCCAGAAACUCUUGGUAAUCGUACUGAGAUUUAUAUCAUGCUAUAUCACUAGCUUUUUACUGGUUUCCUAUGUAAUUUUUUCUGCUACUUUAAGGCAUGUCUCAUAGCUGCUAUGGUUUAGAAAGCUGAAAAAAUAUGGCAGAAUAAAUUGUUCUCCUGUGAUGAAAACAUUUUAAAGUUUUAAGUGCAUUUUACAAGCUUAUGACUUGAAAAAUAUUUCCAAAACUUGUCAAAUUACAGACAUUACCAAUAGCAAUUCCAGUGUUGGGGGGAAAAAAAUUCAGAAAUCAUUCAUCAAAACCUUCCUACAAUAAUUACAGAUGAAUUUCCACUGUUUUACAAGCUGCACUGCUUACAGAGACUGCAUAUUUGUCACUACCAGGUUUUUUUUGUUUUUUCUAAUUUUAAGAGUAAUGUUUUAAAGAUAAAUCACCACCAUGUACACAAAAAUAUGUAUGUUAUGAAAUUAUAAACCUGCCCACUUAAAAUAUUGCUUCUGCACUGAUUAGUUUACCAUAGUUUUAGUGACAGGUAAAUAUUUAAAAUAGGAAAAAAGAAUAUGUAUCACAUUGGUUGGCUUUGCUGUUAACUAGCAACAAAAGUAACUUGAGGUUUUAACUGUUGUAGGGGGAGGGUUGCUGGUGGUUUCUUGGGUUUAUGGGCUUUUUGUUUUGUUUUGUUUGGGAUUUGUUGUUGGGGUUUGUUUUUGUUUGUUUGGGGUUUUUUUAUCCCAAACCUAGUAAACACUUUGUCAAGCCAGACAGUUUAAAAAUGAAGAGGGAAGAAAGAAAUGUUAAGUCUUUAACGCUUACAUGAGCUGGUAUUCAUCUAGUUAAAUUCCAUACCCAAGUCACUGUCCCUUAAAAAUAGCCAAUUUAGUUGACUGAUCUUGAACAGUAUUGUUAUUCAGUAGUAUAAUUUGUUAUACACUCAAAAACUUCCAGUAAUGCAAAGGUAGAAUCAGUGAAAUAUGUUUUAAAAACAAACUAAGUGCUUAGUGAAGAACUGUGAAUCCAUUGUGUUCCAGUUGCUCUUUCCUGAUUGUUUUUGGUUUGUUUUUCCCUUCCUGUCAAUUUGAAUAAUUUUGACUGUUACCAGUGUUUGUACAGUUAACAGCUCCUGAUUUAUUCAAGGAUCAACUUGAGAGUUCAGGUUAAAAUAAUGUAUUAUUCUUGCACUGCAUGUUGUAAUGUAAAAUGGAAACACAGUUUUACAUGUGUCUAACACAGCAACAACUGAUUUUAGUAAAUGUCACUAUUCACUUACUUCUGAAAUGCACAAAAUAAAACUCUUUA